UGAUUGCCUCUUCUAGCUGCUUUGUUCUUUCAGAGCCCAGCAUGGGUUUCCUGACUGCUGUGACUCAAGGCCUUGUGCGGGGAGCCGACAGGAUGAGCAAGUGGACAAGCAAGCGGGGCCCACGCACCUUCAAUAAGGGCCGGGGUGCCAAGAGAACGGGCAUCUAUACCGCCGACAGGAAGUUUGUGCUGAUAAAAGAAAUGGUCCCGGAAUUUGUUGUCCCGGACUUGACCGGCUUCAAGCUCAAGCCCUACGUUAAUUACCGAGCUCCUGAAGGCAUAGACACACCCCUGACGGCCAAAGCGCUCUUCCUAGAAACAGUUGCACCUGCUAUUGAAAAAGACUUUAAAGAAGGGACUUUUGAUGCUAACAACCUGGAGAAAUACGGCUUUGAGCCCACACAGGAAGGCAAGCUGUUCCAGUUGUAUCCUAAGAAUUUCCCGCGCUAGAAAACAGGAACCGAAGGUUUGCCUACAAAGUGGGGACAGUACUGACCAAGGCCUGGACUCUUGAGUGUCUCGAAGAGUAGGGGCAGCUCCCUUGUUCAUUCAUAUUAAAUGUCUUUAGUAUCACGUACAAUGCGUGUUUUUAAUCAAGCCAUUCGAGUGUUCUGUAGGGCAGGCAGACUCCUUGCAGUAGCGUUAGAGUCAAUAACAAAUUCAACCAAGUCAGGUCUGGGAAAACGCCUCUCUUGCUCCAAGGCAGAGGGUAGUUCCUGUCUGGUGAAAGUGACUAUACCCAAGGAAAACGUAAAGAUGGAAGCCACAAGAGCACUUAGUACCAUACUGCUUU